CCUGAUCCAUCCCCUGCUUGUUUUGUGCAGAGCUCCCUGGAACACCUCAUGCAGAUUCUGGACAGGACCACGCCCCACUACAUCCGCUGCAUCAAGCCCAACGCUGACUGCAAGGCAAUGACUUUUAAAAGAGAGGAGGUUCUCAGCCAGCUUCAGGCAUGUGGAAUAGUCGAAGCCAUCACCAUCAGUGCAGCAGGAUUCCCUGUCAGGAUCCCUUUCCAGCGUUUCACUGAGCGCUACGAAAUCCUGAGACAGUCCUGUGGGCCCAGUAAAACCAGAGUGUGUGAUAAAAGCAACUCUCACACUGCUGAGGGAAAAGGAGAGACUGCGGUGAUGGAGGAGGACAAAGCCUCACGUUCUGCUGCUCUUGAGAUCCUUCAGAAUGUUGUUGUGGGACAAACCACUGCUGAGCAAACAGGGAGUGGAGCAGGAACCCCCUCGGUGUACUGUGGGAAGACCAAAGUGUUCCUGGCCAGUUCUGUGCUGGAGCUACUCGAAGCCAGGAGAGCAGAGGUGUUAAAUGAGAAAGCAUUUUGCAUUCAGUGCUGCUGGAGGAGAUUUAAGCAGAGGAAACUGGCAAAGGAGAAACGGUCUGCAACUGUCAUCCAAGCAGCUGUCCGUUCCUGGCUGGCCAGGAGCCGGUUCCGAAGGAUGCGCGGGGCUGCCAACGUCAUCCAGCGCUGCUGGAGGAGAUGGAAGGCAAAGAUGGCCGCGCUGGCAGCGGCAGAACUGGACGAGGGGGAAGGGAAGGAGUUCCCAGCUGCUGGAGCCACGGUGAUCCCGGCCAAGCUGCCUUGUUCCUUGGACACAGCGUGGCCUCUGCAGGCCAUUGUCCAGUUCUGGCCCCUGGGCCUCGUCCUGGCUGCUGCCCCUGUCACUGCCACGGGGCCCCGCAGGGACCUGGCCCUGCUGGGCUGGCUCAGGGGGCUCCAGGGCAGCGGCAGCUCCAGGCUGGACAGCUCUUCCCUGGGCUGUGGCAUCGCUUCCAUCAGAGCUCUCCCACAGGGCUCUGUCAGGUUCCACUGCAGGAAGUCCCCCCUGCACUAUUCCAACGUCAGCCCCCACAGGGACGCCUGUUCCAUCACGGGAUUCAACCAGAUCCUGCUGGACAGAAAGGAACUCCUGCCCACAUAGGCCUGGCCCCUGCACACCUCUGCCCUUCAGGGACGGGCUCU